AAUAAUUGUGACAUAUCUUUUGGAAUCGAUGCAUAAGCAUGUUUAAUAUCAUUAAGUAAUUCUUGUAAAUUAACACUUGAUGAAUUUUCUAAAUUAACAGAUGAAUCAUGUCAACAUGCAAUUGGUUCAAUAACAAAACAAGCAUUAUUAUGUGAAAAAGCUGUUCAUUAUUUACUUGAAAUACUUAAAAAACGUCUGAAACCAAAUGAACAAACACAAAUAAAAGAAACUGAUAGUGAAUAUUAUGAUUGUGCACUUAAAUCAGCUAUGAAUACGAAAGGACAUGUUACACGUUGUAAUGAUUGUCAACCAUGUGCAUUUUUUAAUUUUUUAACAAAUUAUUGGAAUAAAAAUAUUGAUGCUAUUGUACAAUGUACACGAAGUUCAUUAGAAACAAUACGUAAACGUUUACAACAACCAAUACGUUAUGUUGGUGAAGAAGUUAUACGUGAACAAGUACGAAAUCCAUUAUUUCGUACAGAUAUUGUUUUAUCAAUACCAAAUGUACUUGUUAAACCAAGUUUAGAUGAUAUGCAAUCACAAUUAAAUAAAUCAGCAAAUUCAAUGCUUAAAAUAGGACAAGAUAUACCAGAAUGGUAUCAUGCACAAAAACUAAGAGAAAUUACGAUUAAAGAAAUUGAAAAGCAAGCUCUAGAUGAAGGUGAAGAUGUUAAAUUAGCUGUACAGGCUAAAGCACCAAAACCAUUACAUAAGGUUUGUAAAUUUGUUAUUCUUUUUUGUGGUUGUUAUUUUUGGUUUUGGAGAAUUUUUUUCUUAUCAAAUAUCAUUAUUGAAUUUUGAAUAGCAAAAAACUUGGAUCUCUUCUCGUCCUAAAAAUGCUGAUGGACGAAAAAGUCUACCAAGGUCUAUAAUAGGAGAAGCAAGAGUAAGGAAUAAGACAUUUGUUAUUAUCAGAAAAUUGCGCAUUUUUAUUUUAAUA